AUGGGUUGGUCUUUAGCAAACCCGCGAUCGGAACACGGCAUAAACUUGAUGGUUCAUCUUACAACUAUUACCCUCCCAACUGUUAGUAUUGAGGAAGAUUCUUAUGAAUGGGUGGUUAAUGAGCAUAUUUGUGAAGGAUUCUCAGCUUCUAGGACAUGGGAAGCGCUAAGACCAAGAUCUGACCCGGUGGAUUGGCACAUCACUGUCUGGUUCAAAGGAGCUAUACCAAAACAUGCCUGCAAUUUCUGGGCAGCAAAUUUAAACCGAUUACCGACGCAAACAAGAGAUCACCUAAUGCUCUUUUGUGACUAUGUGGAAUUCAUCUGGAAUGCGGUACGAAUCAAGCUAAACCUUCGUACUCUUGAGUUUCACACUUGGCAGGAUCUUGUAAAUUGGACUACCUCUAUGGCCGGCUCCGUCCCGACUACUCUUCGCAAGCUGGUUGUGCAAUCAGUGGUGUAUGCUAUCUGGAAACAGAGAAAUAGUUUCUUGCAUAAUCAAACGUGUGUUCUUCCUUCAGUGCUUUUCAAAGGUAUCGACCAGCAGAUAAGGAACACAAUCACAGCAAGGAACAACAAUAAGCAGUUCAAAGGCCUGAUGAGGAUUUGGCUUCAAUGA